GCCCCACACUGGCGCGUUGCCUCGGAAACAUCGCGAGAUUUCGUUCCUUCAGUCUCCACCCCUUUACGGCACGAUGGUCGCGCAAGAAUGUGAUACAGCUUCAACGGCCGCCAUUUUCUUUCUUUCUUAGCUGUUAGCUGAGAGGAAGUCUCUGAACGGGCGGCAGCGGCUAGCGUAGUGUAACCAUGGCAGACUAUUCAACAGUGCCUCCACCGUCUUCUGGCUCAGCUGGUGGCGGCGGUGGCGGCGGUGGUGGUGGAGGAGUUAACGACGCUUUCAAAGAUGCACUGCAGAGAGCCCGGCAGAUUGCAGCAAAAAUUGGAGGUGAUGCUGGGACAUCACUGAAUUCAAAUGACUAUGGUUAUGGGGGACAAAAAAGACCUUUAGAAGAUGGAGAUGGCUCUUGGACAAGUCCGAGCAGUACAACACACUGGGAGGGAAUGCCCUCUCCUUUUAAAGAUCAACCAGAUGCUAAGAAAGUUGCUCCUCAAAAUGACUCUUUUGGAACACAGUUACCACCGAUGCAUCAGCAGCAAAGCAGAUCUGUAAUGACAGAAGAAUACAAAGUUCCAGAUGGAAUGGUUGGAUUUAUAAUUGGCAGAGGAGGUGAACAGAUCUCACGCAUACAACAGGAAUCUGGAUGCAAAAUACAGAUAGCUCCUGACAGUGGUGGCCUUCCAGAAAGGUCCUGUAUGUUAACUGGAACACCUGAAUCUGUCCAGUCAGCAAAACGGUUACUGGACCAGAUUGUUGAAAAAGGAAGACCAGCUCCUGGCUUCCAUCAUGGCGAUGGACCGGGAAAUGCAGUUCAAGAAAUCAUGAUUCCUGCUAGCAAGGCAGGAUUAGUCAUUGGAAAGGGGGGAGAAACUAUUAAACAGCUUCAGGAACGGGCGGGAGUUAAAAUGGUUAUGAUUCAAGACGGGCCGCAAAACACUGGUGCUGACAAACCUCUUAGGAUUACAGGAGACCCAUAUAAAGUUCAACAAGCCAAGGAAAUGGUGUUAGAGUUAAUUCGUGAUCAAGGUGGUUUCAGAGAAGUUCGGAAUGAGUAUGGGUCAAGAAUAGGAGGAAAUGAAGGGAUAGAUGUCCCCAUUCCAAGAUUUGCUGUUGGCAUUGUAAUAGGAAGAAACGGAGAGAUGAUCAAAAAAAUACAAAAUGAUGCUGGUGUUCGAAUUCAGUUUAAGCCAGAUGAUGGGACAACACCUGAGAGGAUAGCACAAAUAACAGGACCUCCAGACCGAUGUCAACAUGCUGCAGAAAUUAUUACAGACCUUCUUCGAAGUGUUCAGGCUGGUAAUCCUGGUGGACCUGGACCUGGUGGUCGAGGAAGAGGUAGAGGUCAAGGCAACUGGAACAUGGGACCACCUGGUGGACUACAGGAAUUUAAUUUUAUUGUGCCAACUGGGAAAACUGGAUUAAUAAUAGGAAAAGGAGGUGAAACCAUAAAAAGCAUAAGCCAACAGUCUGGUGCAAGAAUAGAGCUUCAGAGAAAUCCUCCACCAAAUGCAGAUCCUAAUAUGAAGUUAUUUACAAUUCGUGGCACUCCACAACAGAUAGAUUAUGCUCGGCAACUCAUAGAAGAAAAGAUUGGUGGCCCAGUAAAUCCUUUAGGGCCACCUGUACCCCAUGGGCCCCAUGGCGUCCCAGGCCCCCAUGGACCUCCUGGGCCUCCAGGGCCUGGAACUCCAAUGGGACCAUACAACCCUGCACCUUAUAAUCCUGGACCACCAGGCCCAGCUCCUCAUGGUCCUCCAGCCCCAUAUGCUCCCCAGGGAUGGGGAAAUGCAUAUCCACACUGGCAGCAGCAGGCUCCUCCUGAUCCAGCUAAGGCAGGAACGGAUCCAAAUUCAGCAGCUUGGGCUGCUUAUUAUGCUCACUAUUAUCAACAGCAAGCACAGCCACCACCAGCAGCCCCUGCAGGUGCACCAACUACAACUCAAACUAAUGGACAAGGAGAUCAGCAGAAUCCAGCCCCAGCUGGACAGGUUGAUUAUACCAAGGCUUGGGAAGAGUACUACAAGAAAAUGGGUCAAGCAGUUCCUGCUCCGACUGGGGCUCCUCCAGGUGGUCAACCAGAUUAUAGUGCAGCCUGGGCUGAGUAUUAUAGACAACAAGCAGCCUAUUAUGCCCAGACAAGUCCCCAGGGAAUGCCACAGCAUCCUCCAGCACCUCAGGGCCAAUAAUAAGAAGUGGACAAUACAGUAUUUGCUUCAUUGUGUGGGGGAAAAAAACCUUUGUUAAAUAUAUGGAUGCAGACGACUUGAUGAAGAUCUUAAUUUUGUUUUUGGUUUAAAAUAGUGUUUUUUUUUUUGUUUUUUUUUUUUGUUUUUUUUUUUGCAAAUGUACAAAAUAUCUAUCACUACUGAUAGGAGGUUAAUAUUUCUGUGUAGAAAUGAAAAUUGGUUUGUUUUUAGUAUUUAGUGUAGAUGUACACAUUCCAGCAAAUGUAUUUGCAAUUAUGUGGUUGAUGCUUUGUGAUAUAAAUGUACUUUUUCAAUGUAUACUUUCACUUUUAAAAUGCCUGUUUUGUGCUUUACAAUAAAUGAUAUGAAACCUCCUGUGUCGGUAAGUUGGAUAUGUGGGUAUUUAAAGGAUUCAUAAUUUCUUAGCAAUGAUAAAUUAAGAUACAUAUACACAAAUAUAUAAGCUUUCCCCAUGAAAUAUUGAGUUUUUAAACACUGGCAUGUUUUUCCCCCCUUGCAGUAUAGUGGUAGAUUGGAGGAUCUUUUCCAUUUAUUGUAUUUGGCUCUUUCAGCACAAGUAAUCCUGGUAUCUUCAUUUUUUUUCCUUCUGUUUGAUUAAAAACUGCAUGUGUGUACAAUGAUCUUCUGGCAUACUUCCAUUGCAUUAACAGUGAAAUUUCCUUUUUAUACAUGACCACUGUUUCAGACCUGUACUGCUGCUAUAACAGUUAACCUUUCUGUUCUUAAUUUGAUAAUACUUGAUUUCCAAGACUGUUUCGGCAUAACUAAUUUUAAACAGUUUUCAGAUAGUGAAUAUGAGUAGUCUAAUAAGAACAGUUUUUUUUCCAUGUAAAGCAACUCUUUCAAUGUAUAUAAUAGUAUGUUUCUUUCUAAAUUUAGGAUAGAAAAGUGAAUAGUGUGCAAAAAGUAUAGCUACAUUGCAUCUGCCAUUGAAACAUAAAUGGGGUAUGGAAACGUUCAAGCUUUUUUUUUUUUCUUUAAGCAGUAUAGAUAAGCUUUGUUUUGUAAAUGCACAAGUCCAAUCAUUGAAUCAACUUAAUUUUUUUAUGUACUUGAAGUCAUUUUAUUACUCUUUAACACUCAUGCUGAAGUUCUGAUAUUUUGUUGAAAUCCAUUGUUUUACUCUUUGCAUAUUUGUUGGCUCUUUGCAUAUUAAUAUAUUAGACUACAUGCAAAUACAGUCUGUCUUGCCAUUGUCUGUUGAAGUGCAGGUUUGAUCCAGCCAGUAUAGAACUAGCUCUGUAGGGGUGAGGAGGACUGUGCUGUGUAUCAUCCUUGAUUGUGUUCCUUCAAGGAGCAUUGCACUGUAAGUACAUCAGAAUGACAAAUUGAUGAACUGCAACAGUAUCUUUUUGUCAAUGUUCCACAUAAUGCAAAUGCCAUACUUUGUGUGAAUAUUAUGUUGGAAUACAGUGCUGAUAUCUUGGAAAACCAUAACUGCUUCUUAAUUUAACAUAGAAUAAUACAUAGUUCUGUAUUUUUUUUAAAGUGAGCUUAAUGGGUAAGUAUUUUUUAUAUGCUUUAGCUAUAGCUAAAGAAAACUGAUACUUAACAAAGUUGAAUAGUAUUAUUCACUGGUGCUCCUGAAAUAUUGUUUUUCAGUGUAAAAUAUGCAUAUAUUCUAUAUUUAAUAUGAAAGUCUUGAAAUGUAUCAGACAGAAGGGGAUUUCAGUUUGCAAAUAAUGAGCAAUGUAGCAAUUUUAACACAUUUCAUAAAUAUAUAUUUUGUCAUUGGUGGGGAGCACCAUUUGUUGUUUUGAAUAUACUUUAAAGGAAGAGGUACAAGGACAUAAAUGUUGAGAUUACCUACAGGAUGGAAAUAGCAGUACAGUUCAUUAUAGAUAUUUUGAAAUGUUUUUGAUUGUUUUAUAUAACCUAGAGUGACUUCCCUUACCCUUAUUUAGAUCUGGAUAUAUAGUUCUAGUUUGAAGUUUAAUAGUUAAGGAGUUAGCUAUUUGUUAUCUUUAAGAGUAGGGUAUUGACGUGAGCAAUUGCAGUAUUUUGCAUGAUACUGUUUUAUAGAUGACCUUUUAGGAAAGUGGUGCAUUUAUUAAUUGAACUGAAGAAGUAGUUCAGUUGAAUUCAGUAUCAUAACUCACAAAUUGGAGGCUGUUGAUUUUGAUUCAUUUAAGGUUUAAAAUCUUUAUUAAUUGCAAACAGUGCAAUUAUUUAUACUUCACAGUGCCUUCCCAGACCUUCCACCUUAGGUUCUGCUGCAAAAAGCACCAGGUAAGCACAACCUAAGGACAUAUAUAAAUAAAUAUUUCAGUACAUUAAUGUUGUCCCUGUGAGGUUUUUGUGGUUGUGUAUUCAAAGGCAAUCUGCUACUGCUUCCCCAAAAUGUAUUUUGUUAUUUUAUGCUACCAUCUUAGUGGAAAGUCUGUAAGUUGUUAAAGCAACUGUUUACAUUUCUGGGUAAUGUUUUUUAUUUUACUUUUUUUUUUUUUUUAUUAAGACAAGAAAAUGAUGAGUAGAUUGCUGCAGUAAUUGAUCUACAUCCAAAUCUUUUUGUAUUUUUUCCCCAAAUAUAGAAGUGUUAAGAUUAAGAAAGGACAAUUACACAGUUUUCAAGAUUUAGGAAAUCACUUGUUCAGAAACUUCAACAGCCUUCACAAUCUGUUUUAUAUGAUGGACAGAAAAUUUCUUUGCCCUCCAAAACUAUAAUUUCUUUAUUUUUUUCUUAAACUAUAAUAAUUCAGUAAGGAUAUUAUGGGUUACAAUUUUAUUAUGAUUUUUUUCUGAGACAAAAGUUAUAUGCUGAAAAAGGAAAAAGUUACAAGGCAGUAUGUUUUGAUAAAAGGCAUGUGCAUCAGUGAAAUGUUAACUGUACAGCAAAUAACCUUUCAUAAUCUGUAGCAAUCAGUAUUUUUCUGAUUUAAUAAUAUUUUAAUAACUGACGCUGCAUUUAUAUAAUUUUUUUGCCAGUUUAAAAUGUUUGUGUGUUUUUAUAGAUGAUUUUAACUGGUACAUAUUUUGAGUUAAGAUGAAUGUAUGAAAGCAGCAUCUUAUCAGUUUUGUUUAUUUAACUGGUACAUAUUUUGAGUUAAGAUGAAUGUAUGAAAGCAGCAUCUUAUCAGUUUUGUUUAUUCAGUUUCUAAAAUGUGCUGAUCCUUUUAAAACUCCUGCUUAUCUCUGCAACAAAGAAAAAUAUUCAAAAAUACUGCCUUCAUUUUCACACACAGUGCUGAAGAUGCUGCAAGCACCAAAUCAUAGCUCAUAAAAUCAGGUCCUGAGAUAGUUACCCAUAAAGAGGAAUCCUUUGAGUGUAUGCCAUUGGUGAGCCGAUGAGCAUGGACCAUAGAAGGGCUCAAUGUAGAAGGUAAAAUUGGCAAAUCAUAAUUGAGAAAUAUGAAAUGUAUUCCCAUACAUAAUAUGGUAUAGGGUGUAAUGUACCUGCUUUUGAUCACUUUUCAUUUUAAAGUGCUAUUCACUUGAUCUUAAAUGUUCCAUGAACUGUUAAAUUUCUUAAGUUACAUAGUUAUUACACCACAUUUAUGUGUAUGUUAUGUUUUCAUAGUCAAUGAUAGGUAUGUAAAUAUAAAGGGACUCAUUGAAACUUGAGAGCCUGUCGAGUUUUGGUUAGUUGUAGAUUGCAUUUUUAUUAAAAAAAUAUAGAUAGAUGAAUGAUAAUAGAUAUUGGGGCACUGUUUCUGUCUCAUGAGAAUUCUUUUAUUCAUUACCAUAAGCCUUCACUGAUAAUAUAAGCAUUAUUUUAAAUGACGCUGGUCUUACAUCUGAAAUAAAUGGAAAGCAGAAAAGGUGAGCCAGUUGAUUUGAAUGCAUUGGAUAUUAGUGUUAGAAACAAUGUAUAGUUUAGAUUGAAAUUGAACUGACUUUAUUUAGCACUUAAACAAAAAUUUGACAAUGUUUUUAGUUUUUUUUUAAGACAGCUUAGUGUGGUGAUACUUAGAAUUCUAUGGUUUGAUGUUUCUUUUAGAAAUGAGAAGUAUAGUUUUAUUUUUUAAUAUCAAAAAUGGUUUUAAUACUAAAACUAGUAAUUUAAUACUAGUUGUUUAUAAACAUUGUAAAAUAUAUCUUUUAAACAAAUUAUCUUAGUAGUUAAUUCAUAAGGGUGGGUUUGGGUAGGAAUAGCAGAGUACCUUCAGAGGGAAAGGGGAGUAAUUCAGAAGUGAUAGCAUUUUAUUUGUUUGAAUACUCUGCCAGUAAAAUCAGCUCUACUUAGAAAGUUAUCUGUUGUGUAGAAUAAUGAUGUAGAGUUUACUAAUCAGUGAGGAUGUCUUGUUUUUAUUUUCUGCAAACUCUGCCUCACUUUAAAAUGCAUUUUAACAAUACCUAAUUAAAGAUAAUUUUGGUUCUGAAAAUAACCUUAUUUUUUGUUGAGUUAGUGACUUCAUUUUUCUUGUCACAAUAUAAGCUUUUGAGGGAUUUUUUUAAAUUGGUGCUUUUAAUAAGCAAAUCCCAGGGUUUUAUUUUCUUCAGUGAUACCCCUAUAGAAACUCUUAAAUGUAUUUGCGCAUAUAUAUAUAUUUUUUCUUAUGCAUGCUCAAUGCAUUUUCGUCCUGAGAAAAAUGUUCUCUACAGAAACUACCCGUGUGUAAAAAGAAGAUUGGCUUAAAAUGGCUACUGUGAUGGGAACAGUGUCUUAGGGAGAUGCAGCUUGGACUUGAGGUAAAUUGAAUACUUUACAAACUGUGGUUUAGAGUUUGCUUUAAUGACAUUGUAUGUAAAAGGUCACUUGAUAGCUGUAAUUUUGUAUUCAUUAUGGUUUCCUCAAUAAAUAAAUGUACAUUGAUGAAUAUUA